GGAGAGAUAUGAAAGCAUCCGCAAGUUUUCUACUAUCGGUAUCAGCUCCCGAGAAAACCGAGCCACGCUCACCCAGAGCAAGCCCUCCUGCGAUACGAGCUCAUCGAGCAUUGUCAGAAGCACGCAAGGAUUCAAUCCCAGGAAUGAGAGCCAAGCUUUCGCCGGACGCUGUAGAAACAUUUGGAGAAAGCGCAGAAGAACAAAUUAUUCAGAUGCUCAGAGACAUCAGCAUAUAUAUAUGCACAAGAGAGGGACUCGCCAACGAGCAGCUCUUCAAGGAAGUAGCAUCUAAGAAGAGCCUCAUGACAAAUCGUGCCGAUGCCUGCGGCGAGAACGUCCUACUGACUACGCAAGUAAAAAGUUGGAAAGUCGAUCAGGUUGCUGACUGGCUGGCGGGUACCGGAUUGGGUAAUUUCGCACCGCUGUUUAAUGAGAACGAGAUCGACGGUGAAGCUUUACUGGCUAUAGAUCACGACACACUGAAAUCAAUGGGAGUGACGGUGGCUGGAAAACGUGUCAAGAUUAUCAAACUAAUUAAGACACUGAAAAUGGUAAUGAAUGCACCAGUGGGUGUAGAAUCUGGCGGCACGUAAAAGGAAGAUCACUAAAUUGUAUUCAGCUAGGCUUGUCAACAUAUCCGACAAUCGGCCGCAACGAAACAGUCGAUCUGGUAAAGUAGAUGUCGAUCGAAAACUAUAUUUUACCGAUUUUACACCAAAUCUCAUCGGACCCACGUAUCCAUUACACCCUCGAAAUUCAUGAAGGACUGCAUUUCCACCACCUGCCACGUAACUUCAAACUCGAUCACAGUAGCUUAAGCAUUUGACCGUUACGACCAGCUGAUAAUUUUACCGCGUGAUGGGAGCGACAUCGAUCGUCUCUUUCAUAAUAUAAAUAGAAUCGUAAAUUGGAGGGCAGUAUCACGCGCUGCCGCUGUUGACAAUGAUGUUCUGUUCUCAUUCUAUGUGUCAACAGCUUAUACUAUCUGAUAGUAUGUGCAUGGCAGCCAAAUUCAGCUAAGUUCAACCGUUUGACUAAAUACUUGACAAGUGAAGGCCGUACGAGUACAAUCCAAUGCAAUGGGAUUAUAUUGUCGCAGGAUAUCUGUCACAGAUCGAGUGAUACUGAACAUGCAGUUCGAGUCCAGGAGUAUGGAAGUAACUGAUCUUUCUACUAGUAGUAGUAGGGUCCAAGUCUCUAGCGAUAGGAUAUAUACAGCAGGAUUAAAAAAACGUCGAGGACUAUUCC